AUGACUCAGAUUGUAUCUAGCAAAAUAUUCGUGUCCGAUUAGGUCAAAUCGCUUGUUGUUGGAUUUAUUAGGUUUAUUGAGGGUUCCCACGUCUCAUUCGAUAACUUAUUGAUCGUUAGGGUUUAUGCGUUCAGGAGAGAAAAAAAUGGAUUCUGUAUUAAUCAAUGAGAACCCAAUUAUUUAUCCGAAGAGACCAAGGCGUGUUCGUACUGAUCAGAGCAAUACCGAUGAGUUUUCAGUAGACCCAAUAGAUCAGCUCGAGAUUUUUGAUCGUAUAAGAGAUAUCAGAGAUCCAGAGCAUCCUAAGCUUUCUUUAGAAGACCUCAAUAUUCUUACAGAAGAAUCAGUUGAAGUUGAUGAUGACAAGAGUUACGUUAGAAUUACAUUCACUCCAACUCUUCCGCACUGUCACUUGCCAACCCCUAUUGGUCUUUGCCUCUUAGCAAAACUUGCACAAAGCCUACCUGCUAGAUUCAAGGUUGAUGUGAGAGUAGCACCAGGGAGUCAUGAUAAAGAGAAGACAGUCAAUAAACAACUUGGGGAUAAAGAACGUGUGGCUGCAGGAUUAGAGAAUCCUGACUUGGUGGCUCUGCUUAAUAAAAUGAUGCAAGUUUGAUCCAAUCUAAAAUGAUUUAUCUGUCUUCAGUUUCUAGUUUCAAUCUCUUCUAUGACAUUAACUCAAAACAAGAGCCUUGUAAUAUUUACUCUGUUUUUCACUUUAUUCUCAAAUAUUUAGUCACAACUUUCUUU